AAAGCGCUUUUGGAGGAGAUGUUUGCAGCCAAUUUAUGGUUGCAAGUAGAGUGCUCAGAUGGAGCAAGGUUUUCUGCGGUGGCAAGGAAGCCCUCCUGCCAAGCCAACGGAAAUUCCUGGCUACUGGUGAUACUGCUAGUAUAACAAGUUAACAACUAAGCAGCAGAGGCUUGGCUCAGUUGCUUGCCCCGGUUACAAAUCAAAUGAUUCCUUGCUUGCCCACCUUUCCCUCCAAAAUUCUCAGUCCUACCCCCCACGCACCCCCCCCCCCCCCCCCCCCCCCGGUCUUCUUCUUCUAAGUGCCAAGUGCUAGCACAACCCCACUCAUCAAUCUCCACUUAGUUCCUUGCUUCGCUCCAGUCACAUACCACUUGCUGCAUUGCUUGAUCGGCUAGUUUUCCUUGUCCCUUGCCCUUUGACAUGAGCAAACAGCCGGUGUCGCCGGAGGGAGGCGGCGUGCCGCCGAGCCAUGCUCGCGGUGGCGCCGAUGCGGCGCCGUCUCCGCCUGGGACCGGCCGCGCCCGCAAGGCGAGCGUGCAGGGCGAGCGGCAGGCCGCGGCGGGGUCGCUGCGCGACGGUGCAGGGACCAGUUCGGCCAUGGCAGCCCACGGUGGGGACGGGCGCCAUGUGACUUUCCUUGGAGGCCAGCCACAGCAGGUGGCGCAAUAUCCGCGCGAGGGGCGCAACGGGGCUGCCCCUCCGUCGACGGCGCCAGCACGCCCCAGGCCGUCCUACGUGCCGCCGUCGCAGAAGCGGCGGGAGCAGCCGCCGGCCGACCUUGGACGGCCGUACCCGCAGGGAGGCAUCCCUGCAGAACGGCAGCCGGCGAUGCCGCCGCCGGCCGACCUUGGACGGCCGUACCCGCAGGGAGGCAUCCCUGCAGAACGGCAGCCGGCGAUGCCGCCGCCGCCACGGGGAGGAGCACCGCCACCCAGGGCCGGGAGCGGCCUCGCCAUUCCGGAAGGAGCCGCACCGCCACCUGUGGGAGCUGCGCCGGCGCCGCGCCGGAAAGCAGGUUUCGGAUUCGCGGCUCCAGAACUGCCGGAUUCGUCGGAUGCGCGCCGCCAUCGUCGUCCACACAAGCACGCGCCUGGAGACGACGAAGCUGCCCCGCCAGGUAGCCUCACCACACCGGGAGGAGAUGUAUCGCCACCGCCACUUGGAGGAGCCGCACCGCCGCGCCGGAAACGUAUCGGAAUCCUCGCGCCUGCUUGGGCUUCAGCCCUGACGGGGCCGUCGGACGCGCGCCGUCCUCGUCCACGUCAGCACCCACCUGGACAUGGAGACGAAGCAGCGCCGCCAAACGGGGGCAGCCCCACCGCACCGGAAGGACCACGGCUCCCCACCGCAAAGACCAUCGAGCGCGUCAGCACUUUCGAAAAAGACGACCCCACGGAGGCUGCGCCGGCGCCGGGAAGGAGGCCGCCGGCCGCGGCGGCGCAUGCGCAUGACGACGCGCGUCCCCAACAGCCGGCGCCGGCGCCGACGCGGUAUCAGCCAUCGCACGGCUACGGCGGCAAGAAGUGGCAGCAGGCGGGGCACCCGUCACCGAUGUUCCCCACGGAGAGGAGGAGGAAGAAGGAGAACUCGAGCAAGCCGCUGGCGUUCCUCUUCACCCUGUGCUGCAUCCUCUUCUGGCUCCUGGUGGUCUGCAUCGGCCUCGCCAUCCUGGUGAUCUACCUCAUCUACCACCCGAAGCCGCCUCGGGUGCACGUGAGCACGGCUACCCUGAACGCCGGGUACAUCGACGAACUUCCGCCGCCGCACCUCGGCGUGGCGCUCAACUCCGACCUCUACGUGCUCGCGGCCAUCUACAACCCCAACACCAAGAUCGACGUGGUCCUGCACUACAUGCAGUUCGACCUCUACUUCCAGGGCCACCUCAUCGGGACGCAGGCUGUGUGGCCGCCGCUGUACGAGAGGCCCGGCGACUCCGAGCUCCGGAGCGUGCACCUGGUGGUGAGCGAGGUGGUGAUGCGGCCGGAGGACGCCGACGUGUGGAGGAACACCACGGCCAGCGGCGGCCUCGUGCAGAUGCAGCUCGAGGGCAGGUGGUGGGUCCAGCUCAACUUCGGGCGGUGGCUCCCGUUCAGGUACAUGGUGAAGCCGAGCUGCACGCUCUGGCUCGAUCCGCCGCCGGCGGGCGCGCUGCGCAGGGCUCGGUGUCACCAAUGAUUUCUCCGGCCGCUUCAAUGGAAUCUCUAGGGGUGCAUGUGCAUCAUCUGAUUGGUCGCUUCGCGCAUGGUUGUUUCAGUUCAGAGUUAGAAGAACAAACUCGUGUAUUUUGGCUUUUAGUUAUUUUUUGGCUGAAAAACAUUUGGGGUUCUUACAUCUUACAUUUGUUUUUUGUAAAUCGAAUGGAAUCAGGGAUCGAGUCAGUGAUAAUUAUGUCUAGAAA